GCAUCCUUUGAUGGUGAAGAGUGCAGCGACGCCAACACAGCCCUCCUAUAAAAUCCCAGGUGGUCUGGAAACAGCAAGAUGCUGAGAGUAUCUCGGGUCGGUGCAGCAGGGAAAUGGGAGGAACGUAAUUGAGUCAGAAAAGUACAAAGACAUACAAGCACCAAUAAUAAAGUAAACCGAAAAAUAGUAGUAACAGGAAAUAAUUACUUUGCAAAGUGAAAUCGGACCAAUGCAACCAGCCAUGGAGUUAAAAAAAUCGAUUUCCGAGACGGAGCGAGCGCUUAAGAGCUACGGAGCGGUGCUGGAGACGGAGUGGAAAUCGAACAAAGACCAGCAGGACGUGGUGUCGAUGGCAGAGACCUCCUUGUCUCCGGGUGAGAUGGAGGUUGAGAUGAUGCGAAUCCAGCGUCUCCGAGAGGUCCUGGUGCGCAGGGAGUCCGAGCUACGAUUCAUGAUGGACGAUAUCCACUUAUGUAAAGACAUCAUGAAUCUGAAACAAGAACUUCGGAAGAUUGUGGCAGUUCCAGAGAAAGAGAAAACCAAGAAGCACAAGCAGAGGGAGGAGGAAUUGAUCCUGAAAAUCCAUAAACUAGUUCAGAAACGAGAUUUCCUGGUGGACGACGCAGAGGUGGAGAGAUUAAGGGAGCAGGAAGAAGAUAAAGAGAUGGCCGACUUCCUUCAUCUCAAACUGAUGCCACUGGAGAAAAUGACCAAAGUGACUGAGAGUUCCCCUAAAAAGAAGGUGACCCCCGAGCGUCCGCCCAACAAGCCCUCCAUCGCUAAGUCAGGGGCAGCUAUAAUCAAGGACUGCUGUGGAGCCACACAGUGCGCCAUCAUGUAACCAUGACGAUUCUGAGGCCCGCCCUGCUGUCUGGAGCCUGCUUUUGCAGAGAAAGAGAGACAGAGAAUUAAAAAAGAAAGAGAUGAGAUUAAAAGAGAGAAAGGGAAUAGAUAUGUUUAGCCCCAACCUCACGUUCAUAUGAGAGAGAUUUGUUUUCUUAAGGUGACCCCAGGUUUUUUGCCCCAGAGAACACUCAAAAUAAUAAGUUCAAGUAAAGUCUGAAGUACUGCAUGCAGUCACUGAAUGUGGAGUUAGGAAAGGAAUCAGUUCUAAUACUUCUGUGACUUAAGAAUAAAACAUCUGAAAUUAAACAAGCAAGGUUGUUGUUAAUAUAGUAAAAAAAUGAACAUACAAAUUAACAAACUUAAAAAAGCAGUAUGGAAUGAUGAAGCCUUUGUUGUCAAGGAGCAAGGGAAGAGAAAUAGAAUGUCAAUGCCUUUGUGAAUAUUCCAAAAAAAAACAAAAACGUUUUGUUGACAAAUGCAAGCCCAAGACUGAGUGAGCACAAAUGUCUGUCUUCUGUUUCAUCUCUGGAACACGAGUCCUCUAUCAUGUGGAAAUGAGGUUAAACAUGGAAAGCCGUGAACACUUAAUUGUGGGCACAAUUUGCACCUAGUCAAAUUUAGUUUAUAUUUACAAACAGAUAUUUAUUGAAGUAUUAGUAUUAGAUGUUAGGUUAUCUAUUUUGAUGACAUGUAUACAGGAAAUCUCCUGUGGGGCAUGCAUGCUUGUUUUUAACAUUAAAAUAAAAAAACUUUAGAAAAGCCACCAUAUAGUCAGGACGUUGAAGCCGACAGCCUAACUCUUCAACAACUAACCUGGGAUCUUUAACAUGCAAGAAGGUGGUCUUUGGGUUAUGUGUCAUUUGAAGUAACGUGUAGCCUCGAAGAUCAUGUAAUUUAAUUAUUUUGAAAUAGUGAUUUUAUAAUCCUUAUAUUGGCAAAGCAUGGUCUUACGUACGUAACAACCACACAGAACACAAAGAAAAUACAGGAUUCGGUGGUACCACAGGUGCAACUUUCGAAUCAAAUUAAUGCCAGUGCAAAACUAGUCUACAUUAUAUAUAUAUUUUUAAAUAACCUAUUAUUUAGACACUACAUUGUGUCCUGGUCGUGUUAACAGACUGGAUGGCACCUCUGGUGCGUUACAAUUUCCAGUACCGAUCUGAGUGCAAAAAUAGACCCAUCACGCAGUCCUUUUAGUCAUGUAUACAAAACUUAUUUGUGACAAGAUUAAUUUUUGCCGAAUGGUCCAUCAGUCUGUUCCUGCAAACAAUGAGCAAAUUGUCAUGGCACUGUCCACACUAGAAUUUGUUCAAACCAUUAAGCUUCCUUUCUGUAUCAGCGAUUAAACAACAUAACCUUUGUAAUUUGAGAACAUUUUAAACAAUGCAUUCCACCAUUAUUAUUUAAUAAUGGAAACAGUUUGUAGACAUGUUUAGAAAUAGAUUGUGCCCAAACUGUAACUGUCUAGGGAUCAGAUAGCUCUGUGUUGUUGGAGUCUUCCUUGAUAUACUCGACCAAUUCCCUAGAAUCUACUUUUGGUGCUUGACGUCUCUACAAACCUCGACAGCACACUCCAAAACACUAAGGUUAAAACUGCAGAGGACAACCAGUUUAACCUCCAUCAUCUACCAUUUUUUUUUCCCCUUCUGUUACAAACCUGACUCCAGCUGGACACAAGAAACAGGUCUGUGAUGGCUGCAAUAAAAUGUGCCCAGGAGCAGCAAGAUCUCAGUCUGGAGGCAGGGAUCCUUCGGUUGUCCCCUUUCUGUUACCUGUAUAUGCAGACCCAGAACUGAUUUGUUACAAAAAAAACCACAAUAAUUAAAAAACAAAAAAUUAUUUCUAACAAAAA